AAGAUAUAUCAAAUAGUCCUUGAACCUCGAAAAUCAUACCUUCGCCGAUUUUCACAACAAAACAAUCACACAAUGCCUCCCAAAAAAGUCCUCAUCGUCCUCAGCGACGCACACUCCUUUCCCAUCAAAAAGACCAGCGGCCCCGAAGCCGGUCAGACAGUCGACCAACCAUCCGGCUUCUUCCUAAUGGAGCUGGCCAAACCGCUCCAGAAAUUCCUCGACGCCGGACACGAAGUCACCUUCGCUUCGCCGAAGGGCCAAGAACCAGCCCCCGACCCAAACAGCGAGUCGCUGCUCGCAUUCGCAGGGAACUUCUACGAGCGACGACGUGAGACCGAGCUGAUAGAGCGCAUGAAGAGAGAGAACGGAUUCACCCGGCCCCGGCCGUUCAGCACAAUCAGCGACGACGAGCUGGCUACUUUUGCGGGCGUGUUUAUUCCCGGUGGGCAUGCGCCGCUGAGCGAUCUAGGCGGGGAUGCUGAGCUGGGACGGAUAUUGAGAUUCUUUAAUAAGGAGAAUAAGCCUACGGCGGCGAUUUGCCAUGGGCCGUAUGCGUUGCUGAGUACGAAGAAGGUAGGGGAUGGGACUUUUGUGUACAAGGGGUAUGAUAUUACGGCGUGGAGUGAUGCGGAGGAGAAGAUGAUGGAGACGCUGUGGGGUGGGGAGGUUGAGAAGGUGGAAUCGGCGUUGCGCAAUGAAGGUGCUAAUAUGGUUGAAGGAGCGAAGGAGGUUACUGGUGGCGUGACGCUUCAUAGGGAGCUGUUGACGGGUGGGAAUCCGUUGGCGGCGGAGGAGCUGGGAAAUCGGUUCUUGAGGAUGUUGAGUGUGUAGGUGCUAUGGGACAGAUAUGGAUUGAUUCGAAGCUGAUUAAGAAAAGAUUACUUAUUAUAAUCUGCUACUGAAUGAUAAUGCUAAGGAAA